AUGGCAACUGUCAAACACCACUCCCAGUUUCCCCUCCCCGCUCAGACCACUCCCAGUUUCCCCUCCCCGCUCAGACCACUCCCAGUUUCCCCUCCCCGCUCAGACCGCUCCCAGUUCCCCUCCCCACUUAGACUACUCCCAGUUUCCCCUCCCCGCUCAGACCACUCCCAGUUUCCCCCUCCCCGCUCAGACCACUCCCAGUUUCCCGUCCCCGCUCAGACCACUCCCAGUUUCCCCUCCCUGCUCAGACCACUCCCAGUUUCACCUCCCCUCUCAGACCACUCCCAGUUCCCCUCCCCACUCUACUCCCAGUUUCCCCUCCCCGCUCAGACCACUCCCAGUUUCCCCUCCCCGCUCAGACCACUCCCAGUUUCCCCUCCCCGCUCAGACCACUCCCAGUUUCCCCCUCCCCGCUCAGACCACUCCCAGUUUCCCCUCCCCUCUCAGACCACUCCCAGUUCCCCUCCCCACUUAGACUACUCCCAGUUUCCCCUCCCCGCUCAGACCACUCCCAGUUUCCCCCUCCCCGCUCAGACCACUCCCAGUUUCCCGUCCCCGCUCAGACCACUCCCAGUUUCACCUCCCCGCUCAGACCACUCCCAGUUUCACCUCCCCUCUCAGACCACUCCCAGUUUCCCCUCCCCGCUCAGACCACUCCCAGUUUCCCCUCCCUGCUCAGACCACUCCCAGUUUCACCUCCCCGCUCAGACCACUCCCAGUUUCCCCCUCCCCGCUCAGACCACUCCCAGUUUCCCCCUCCCCGCUCAGACCGCUCCCAGUUUCCCCUCCCCUCUCAGACCACUCCCAGUUCCCCUCCCCUCUCAGACCACUCCCAGUUCCCCUCCCCACUCAGACCACUCCCAGUUCCCCUCCCCCACUCAGACCACUCCCAGUUUCCCCUCCCCGCUCAGACCACUCCCAGUUUCCCCUCCCUGCUCAGACCACUCCCAGUUUCCCCUCCCUGCUCAGACCGCUCCCAGUUUCCCCCUCCCCGCUCAGACCACUCCCAGUUUCCCCCUCCCCGCUCAGACCACUCCCAGUUUCCCCUCCCCGCUCAGACCGCUCCCAGUUUCCCCUCCCCGCUCAGACCACUCCCAGUUUCCCCCUCCCCGCUCAGACCACUCCCAGUUUCCCCCUCCCCACUCAGACCACUCCCAGUUCCCCUCCCCGCUCAGACCGCUCCCAGUUUCCCCCUCCCCGCUCAGACCACUCCCAGUUUCCCCUCCCCGCUCAGACCACUCCCAGUUUCCCCCUCCCCGCUCAGACCACUCCCAGUUUCCCCCUCCCCGCUCAGACCACUCCCAGUUCCCCUCCCCACUUAGACCACUCCCAGUUUCCCCUCCCCGCUCAGACCACUCCCAGUUCCCCCUCCCCGCUCAGACCACUCCCAGUUUCCCCCUCCCCGCUCAGACCACUCCCAGUUUCCCCCUCCCCACUCAGACCACUCCCAGACAGUCCUAG